AUGUCUUUUCAAACAGCAGAGGAGCAUCUUGGGGAGUGGUCCAUGAGAAGCUUACAAGUGGGCAAUUCGGAAAGAGGAGUAGCUCGGUCAAGCGCCACAGCCGCAUGCAAUGGGUCUGCUGCGCGGCUUGUUAGCGGGCUCGUGGAGCUGCUUGGGGGGCUGAUUGCUCUCUUGCUGUCUAGGCCACUCACAGGAACGACGCACCACUCUUCUGUGAGGCUGCUGGGGGCUGAUUGCGGACGCGCUGUAGAGCUGAUCGUGCCCCUGGUGGGGCUAAUUGCAGGUUGUGGGCCCGCUGUUGGGCUGAUUGAGAGCCCACUUUUGGGGCUGCUUUGGAACCUCUAA